CGGCGGUGUUUGAGAUAAGUGUGAUAACAAUUAUAUAAUAAUAUCAGAAAAAUGAAAACUAUUUUGGUCAUUUUCGUCGCCUUUGCCAGCCUUUUGCUGCUAGUCACCGCAGCGCCAGCUGAAGGACCAGGUGUGCAAUUUUUGAAAUACAGCAAUGAUCAGGAACUGGAAGAAUUACAAAAGCAAAUUAUUGCUCAAUAUGAAAGUCUUGGAGGCACGUCACAAUUUCAUCAAAUACAAAGUGCCAGCGUUGUUGAUCCAGCCACAUUAAAAAUUAAUAUUUAA